CUUGCAGGAUUGGGUGGCCUGAAAUGCCAAGCAGUGUUGUUGAAACCGGAUCAAACCGGACGGUCCGAUCGAUUGAACCGCCACCCGUUGAACAAAACGGUCUGGUUCAACCAAUUGAACCAAUCUGGUACUUGACCCGGUUGAACCGGCCGAUUUUGAGAGAAUCGGCUUUGACCCAGAAACUAGACCCAGGACUACUAAGGGAUUCAAAUGGAAAUUGGGUCAUUGGUUUCACUUAUAAUUUGGAAAAUAUUCCAAUUACAAUUGACAAAAUUAAAGCAAUCAAGCAUGGUUUGGAAGCCUGUAAACAUGCGCACCGGGGAAAUGUUAUUCUGUCACCGGAUUCUAUGGAAGCUCUGGAGCUAAUAUACAAAGGGACAACAAUUAAUCAGCCAUUUUACUCAUAUAUUGUGGAUUUACAAAAUUCUAUUUGCGAACAGCAAGAUCUGGAAUUGAGGUAUAUUCCACAGGAAGCCAACAUUUGUGCAGAUUUUUUGGCCUAG